AACGAAAAUUACAGGAUCCUUUUUCUUUAGCCAUAGACUCUAUGUACUGUUUGUGGCUGUUUGUAGAUUGAUUAAUUAAAAGAAUACAAGUUUAAUAACGAUGGCAGACGUUCUGGAUAUUGAUAAUGCUGAGGAAUUUGAAGUAGAUGAUGAAGGAGACCAAGGUAUCGCGAGACUCAAGGAGAAGGCGAAAAAACGCAAGGGUAGAGGGCACGGCGCAGAACUUGUCUCAACGAGAGAUGAUGUUGGUCACUAUGAAUCCAUGAACGUUGUUGAAGACGAGGAUGACCAACCAGGACCACAAAGAUCUGUUGAGGGCUGGAUACUUUUCAUAAAUUCCGUGCAUGAAGAAGCUCAGGAAGAUGACAUACAGGAUAAAUUUUCUGAGUUUGGUCAGAUCAAAAAUUUGCACUUGAAUCUUGAUCGACGAACAGGUUUUCUUAAGGGAUAUGCUCUGGUUGAGUAUGAGACAUUCAAAGAGGCUCAAGCUGCCAAAGAUGCUUUGAAUGGUGCUGAAAUUUUGGGCCAGGCAAUUUCAGUUGACUGGUGUUUUGUCAAGGGUCCUAAAAAAAUCAAGAAGAGAAGUCACAGAAGGCGAUAAACAAAAUCUAUGUGGAGAGGCAAUUCUUCCCCGAAUAUUGUUACUUGACAUUCUGUUCCCAUGUCUUGUGUUAACUACAGCAUAAAGUGGAAAAAUAGGACUAAAUAAUUUUCUAUCUGAGAAAAUACUGAAUAAAUUCAAGAUAACUCAUGA